AUGAAUCAAAGAGUGGAUUGGAAAGGUGGAUCAUUCGUCCACAUGAUGAUUGUCCUAGAAUGUAUAUCUUUCCAAUUGAAACAGGAUGAUGCUGCUAAUGAGAAAUAUGAUCACAUCAAAAUAUUCGAGUAUUUUAAUUAA